AUGCCUCCCCAGACCAUGACUGACCCACCACCAAACCGAGUGGAGGUCUAUCAUAAUGGCCAGUGGGGAACAGUGUGUGAUAAUAUCUGGGACAUCAGUGAUGCGGCGGUGGUGUGCAGACAGAUGGGAUGUGGCAGAGCGGUCAGCGCCCCUCACAGUGCCUACUUUGGUCAGGGAAGUGGCCAAAUACUUCUGGAUGAUGUUGCUUGUUCUGGAAGUGAGAGCUCCAUCACAGCAUGCAGUCAUAAUGGAUUUGGCAGUCAUGACUGCAAUCAUGCUGAAGAUGCUGGUGUUAUCUGCUCAGCGCCCCUCACAGUGCCCACUUUGAGUCCCUCACUCACCCUGACCUCAUCUCACGCUGUAUCUGCUGGAGAGGCUGCUCUUCUUGCUGUGAGACUCGUCAAUGGAUUUGACAGAUGUUCUGGUAGAGUGGAGAUCUAUUUUUAUUCUUAUCGUUUAUUCGGCCAGUGGGGAACAGUGUGUGAUGAUGGCUGGGACAUCAGUGAUGCAGUGGUGGUGUGCAGAGAGAUGGGAUGUGGCAGAGCCGUCAGCGCCCUUCACAGUGCCUACUUUGGUCAGGGAAGUGGCUAUAUAGUUCUGGAUGAGGUUCGUUGUUCUGGAAGUGAAAGUGCCCUCACAAGUUGCUCUCAUAAUGGAUUUUACAAACACGACUGCAGUCAUGGUGAAGAUGCUGGUGUUAUCUGCUCAGACUUAAGACUCGUUAAUGGAUUUGACAAGUGUUCUGGUAGAGUGGAGGUCUAUCAUAACGGCCGGUGGGGAACAGUGUGUGAUGAUGGCUGGGACUUGAAUGAUGCAGCGGUGGUGUGCAGAGAGAUGGGAUGUGGUAGAGCGGUCAGCGCCCUUCACAGUGCCCACUUUGGUCAAGGAAGUGGCCAAAUACUUCUGGAUGAUGUUGCUUGUUCUGGAAGUGAACGCUCUCUCUCUGGUUGCUCUCAUCAGGGAUUUGGCAGACACAACUGUGGUCAUGGUGAAGAUGCUGGUGUUAUCUGCUCAGACUUAAGGCUCGUUAAUGGAUUUGACUCGUGUUCUGGUAGAGUGGAGGUCUAUUAUAACGGCCAAUGGGGAACAGUAUGUGACAAUAACUGGGACUUCAACGAUGCAGUGGUGGUGUGCAGAGAGAUGAGAUGUGGCAGAGCGGUCACGGCCCCCCGCAGUGCCCACUUUGGUCAAGGAAGUGAUCCAAUACUUCUGGAUAAUGUUGGUUGUUCUGGAAGUGAAGGCACCCUCAAAAGUUGUUCUCACAGGGGUUUUGGCACACACAGCUGUAAUCAUGGUCAAGAUGCUGGUGUUAUCUGCUCAGACACAGCUCCAACGUCAUCUGUACCAUCUUCUACCUCCACACCUAGUGUGAUUAUUUACGUAAGGCUUGUUAAUGGAUUUGACUCGUGUUCUGGUAGAGUGGAGGUCUAUCAUAACGGCCAGUGGGGAACAGUGUGUGAUGAUAACUGGGACAUCAAUGACGCUGCGGUGGUGUGUAGAGAGAUGAGAUGUGGCAUAGCGGUCAGCGCCCCUCGCCGUGCCCACUUUGGUCAGGGACGUGAUCCAAUACUUCUGGAUAAUGUUGGUUGUUCUGGAAGUGAAAGCACCCUCAAAAGUUGCUCUCACAGGGGUUUUGGCACACACAGCUGUAAUCAUGGUCAAGAUGCUGGUGUUAUCUGCUCAGGCUUAAGACUUGUUAAUGGAAAUGACCCGUGUUCUGGUAGAGUGGAGGUCUCUUAUAACAGCCAGUGGGGAACAGUGUGUGAUAAUGACUGGGACAUCAAUGACGCAGCGGUGGUGUGCAGAGAGAUGGGAUGUGGUAGAGCGGUCAGCGCCACUCACAGUGCCCACUUUGGUCACGGAAGUGAUCCAAUACUUCUGGAUAAUGUUGCCUGUUCUGGAAAUGAAAGUUAUAUGUCUAAUUGCUCUCAUGAUGGAUUUUACACACACAACUGCAGUCAUGGUGAAGAUGCUGGUGUUACCUGCUCAGACACACAGUCCCGGCCUCCCCCUGCCAGGGACAGCUGGUGGACCCUCAAAGGGAAGGGAGCUGGGCUAGAUGACAGUUUAAGCUUAAGACUUGUUAAUGGAUUUGACUCGUGUUCUGGUAGAGUGGAGGUCUAUUAUAAUGGCCAGUGGGGAACAGUGUGUGAUAAUGACUGGGACAUGAAUGACGCGGCGGUGGUGUGCAGAGAGAUGAGAUGUGGCAGAGCGAUCAGUGCGCUUCACAGUGCCCACUUUGGUCAGGGAAGUGGCAAAAUACUUCUGGAUGAUGUUGGUUGUUCUGGGAAUGAAAGCACCCUCACAAAUUGCUCUCAUAAAGGAAUUGGCAGACAUAGCUGUUAUCACAGUAAAGAUGCUGGUGUUAUCUGCUCAGGCGUAAGACUCGUUAAUGGAAGUGACCCAUGUUCUGGUAGAGUGGAGGUCUAUCAUAAUGACGAGUGGGGAACAGUGUGUGAUGAUGGCUGGGACAUCAAUGAUGCGGAGGUGGUGUGCAGAGAGUCAAGAUGUGGCAGAGCGGUCAGCGUGUUUCACAAUGCCCACUUUGGAUUUUACAAACACAGCUGUAAUCAUGGUAAAGAUGCUGGUGUUAUCUGCUCAGGCUUAAGACUCGUCAAUGGAAAUGACUCAUGUUCUGGUAGAGUGGAGGUCUAUUAUAACGGCCAGUGGGGAACAGUGUGUGAUAAUAACUGGGACAUCAAUGAUGCGGAGGUGGUGUGCAGAGAGAUGAGAUGUGGCAGAGCGGUCAGCGCCACUCACAGUGCCCUCUUUGGUCGGGGAAGUGGCCAGAUAGUUCUGGAUAAUGUUGGUUGUUCUGGAAAUGAAAGAACCCUCACAAACUGCUCUCAUAAAGGACUUGGCAAACACAGCUGUAAUCAUGGUAAAGAUGCUGGUGUUAUCUGCUCAGGCUUAAGACUCAUUAAUGGAAGUGACCCGUGUUCUGGUAGAGUGGAGGUCUAUUAUAAUGGCCAGUGGGGAACAGUAUGUGACAGUAACUGGGACCUCAGUGAUGCGAAGGUGGUUUGCAGAGAGAUGAGAUGUGGCAGAGCGGUCAGCGCCACUCACAGAGCCCACUUUGGUCAGGGAAGUGAUCCAAUAUUUCUGGAUAAUGUUGGUUGUUCUGGAAAUGAAAGCUCUCUAUCAAGUUGCUCCCAUGAUGGAUUUUACAAACAUAGCUGUGGUCAUGGUGAAGAUGCUGGUGUUAUCUGCUCAGGGAAAUCCAAAACAAAACUCGUCAAUGGAAAUGACUCGUGUUCUGGUAGAGUGGAGGUUAAUUAUAACGGCCAGUGGGGAACAGUGUGUGAUAAUAACUGGGACAUCAAAGACGCAGCAGUGGUGUGCAGAGAGAUGAGAUGUGGCAGAGCAGUCAGCGCCCCUCACAGUGCCCACUUUAGUCAGGGAAGUGGCCAAAUACUUCUGGAUAAUGUUGGUUGUUCUGGAAAUGAAAGCACCCUCACAAAUUGCUCUCAUAAAGGACUUGGCAAACACAGCUGUAAUCAUGGUAAAGAUGCUGGUGUUAUCUGCUCAGGUAAGGAAAAAGGCUUAAGACUCGUUAAUGGAAGUGACCCAUGUUCUGGUAGGGUGGAGGUCUAUUAUAACGGGCAGUGGGGAACAGUGUGUGAUGAUAACUGGGACCUCAAUGAUGCGGAGAUGGGAUGUGGCAGAGCGGUCAGCGCUUACAACAGUGCCCACUUUGGUCAGGGAAGUGGCCAAAUAGUUCUGGAUAAUGUUGCUUGUUCUGGAAAUGAAAGCUCUCUCUUUAAUUGCUCUCAUGGUGGAUUUUACAAACACAACUGUAAUCAUGGUAAAGAUGCUGGUGUUAUCUGCUCAGGCCCUAAUGAGAUCAGGCUGGUAAAUGGUAAGAGUCACUGUUGUGGCAGAGUGGAGAUCCAGUACAAUGGCCAGUGGGGAACAAUAUGUGAUAAUAACUGGGGCAUGAAGGAUGCAGCAGUGGUGUGCAGGCAGAUGGGAUGUGGCAGAGCGGUCAGCGCACUAAACAGAGCCCACUUUGGUCAGGGAGUUGAACCAACAUGGUUGGAUAAUGUUGGAUGUAAAGGAACUGAGCGAUACUUAAGUCAGUGUUCACACAGAGGAUUUGGAAAGGAGAACUGUGGACAUGAUAAGGACGCUGGAGUUGUGUGCUUAGAUGACAUGCAGAGUCCCACGCCCACCCUGAGCUCAUCACACUCUGCUGUACCUGCUGGGGACACUAUUCAGUUCAGAUGUAUCAAGCCAAUCCCAACCU